AUGUUGUUCCGCACUUCCCUCCUCUGCAUAGCAGCCAGCCUCGUUUGCGCUCCUCUCGCGGCGGCGCUACCCACCGAAGCUCGCUCCGACAUGACCCUCACUCCUCGCGACGGCACUCAGUGCGCAGCAGGCACUAAAUUCUACGUCUGUUCCCUGAACGACUUCCGAGGCUGCUGCUCCGUGGACCCCUGCGCCCUAAAAGAAGGCUGUCCGGACAACAAGAACGGCGACAACAAGCCCAAGAAGCCCGGAAACAACCCUCCCAUCAACGCCUGCCCUGCGCCCAACACCGACAGCAAGCCCAAGCCCGAUAUAUCCUCCCCCCCUCCCAAAGAAGCCCCCUCGUGUCCUCCCCCCGGCAAAAAGGCCAAAAUCUUCCAACCGCACACGGAAACCCUCCUCGAGGGCAGCUCCCCAAUCCCAACCUCAAACUUGAACGUCAGCAAGACCUCCACGACCGACCAGCAACAGACGAUCCAUUGGACGCUGCCCGCGAACGCAAAAGCCUGCGUGAUUGGGUGGAGCAUUCCCGAGCAAGAGAAACGCAAGAACUUCCAGGCGGGAAGUAAAUCAUCAGUGAAUGUGUAUGCGGGCGCCGACAAGAACAACAACAAGAAGCUUGGGGACGGAAACUUUGCCUUCUGGCCCGAGAAACCUGCCGCGCGCACUAACCUCGUCGCGGUGGUUGAGUGCAAGGAAGACAUGCUGUUCCGGUUGCAGAUGGCGCAUGAGGAUGCUAGUGUGUUUUUGGAGCAGAAUGCGGAGACUGGGUGGUGGGUUGAGUAUGAAUGUUAA